CUGAUUAUAUAUAUAUAUAUUUGAGUUCUGCUAACUGAAAGAAGCUAAAGCUGGGGACAUAAACAUGCAGGUCUUGGUAGGUCAGAUGUAUUAUAGUGGUUAUGGUGUUCCCAGAGAUGACCAGAAGGGAUCUGUUUCAGUUAAUAUGUCUCUCUUCCAUUCAUGCCUAUGUUUUGUUUGUUCCCAUCUGACUUCAGGCCAGAAAGAUGGGGCUGAGCAAAGACGAGAUGCAGAUGUUAAUGAAAUUCCGCGACACACAUGCUUCUCGGCUGUCCUUGAUUCAGAUCAACCCCAGACAAUCCCAUCUCAUGAGAUUAAUCCCAUCUCUGCUGGAAGCAUCAUCACGGUUGCAGUGAUCAAGAGGGCUUCCACAAAGCUGUUGGUUCCCUUCAAAUGCCUCAUUCGGCCAAUGAGAGAAUUUUCUGUCCAAUUUUUCUUGAAGGUUGUUGUAGGAGAGAUCAAGGACUCCCAAGCUGCUCAUGUCACCAACUUGUGGAGGGAUUUCUCCGGUGAGUUGAUUGUGGGAAAGAUCAAGUGCUUCUAAUUUCAAUAGAUUCCCAAGAGAAGCUGAGAUUUCACCUGAGAGAUUGUUGUAACUGAGGUCUAAACUGAUAUGGAGAUUUUUGGCAUUUUCCAAUUUCUGUUUUAGUAUGGAGAAUAACACUUCUUUUAGUAUGGUUGAUAGUUUUAGUAUGAUUGAAAAAACAUUUAGGAUUAUAGUUGAUGUACCAAUACAUUUUCUUUAUGCUUUGAAUUAUAUUGACUUGCUUGUUUAUUAUAGUA